UUGAAAAAACGACUUCCAAAAUGGCGAAGAUGGCUCAAUCCAUGUAUUUUUUAAUCAUCAUCAUUGCUAGCUGCACAGUUGUUCGCACCUCUAGAAUUCUACUGAUGCCUUUGUUUGGAAACAGCGAUUAUUUUAUUUUCAAGAAGAUUGCAACGGAGCUAUCAAACAGAGGCCAUGAGGUCAAAUUGUUAACUGCUUCCAACUUGAAGCACUUCAUAGGGACAUCCAACAUCAGUCAUCUGAUCUACGAAGCCCCUCAAAGUUUGAACGAAGUCGAGGACAAAGUUGAAAAAAUCACCCAAGAUCCAAUUGUAAGCCGUGUGUUUGCUGUUUUCCCCUUCGCAGUGCUUUUGAAGUUUCAGCAAAUGGUCUGUAGAGAUUUCCUAAACAACACCAAAAUUCUUCAAGAAGUCAAGGACUUUCGAGCAGAUCUUUUGGUUUCUGACGUGGUGUUCAUGUGCAAUCCAAUCCUACAAGAAAUAUUGAGUAUUCCACGCGUUGAUGUUUCACCUUCCGGUAUUAUUCCCUUCUUCAUGCAGUCACUGCAAAUUCCUUGCCCUGUUUCGUACACACCACAGAUGGGAACAGACAGCACGGAUGAAAUGUCCUUUUUCGAACGUGUACACAAUAUGGCUAUGUACAUUGUAUCUGAGUUCCUCAGGGAAUUCUUUCUCUAUAAACCUUUUGGAGACUUGAAAAAGGAAUUCAAGAUUAGCCCCGAGCGGUCAUUUAGUGAAGCAUUACAGAAUGGGGAGAUGCUGUUGGUACAAGCAGACUUUGCUUUGGAUAUUCCCAGACCUCUUCCACCAGCUGUCAAAAUGAUUGGCGCGGUACUUCCCGAACCAGCCCAACCCCUCCCUGCAGACCUGGAACAGUUUAUGCAAAGCUCAGGAGACCAUGGUGUUAUCUUGGUGACGUUUGGUUCAAUGGUGUCCAAAUUAGAUGCAUCUAUCCUGAAGAAGAUGACGGUUGUGUUUGGUAGACUCAAGCAGAAGAUCUUAUGGAAGGUUAAAAGAGAGGCUCUUCCAUUGGACGUCUCUUCAAACAUCAAGGCCGUGAAAUGGCUUCCACAAAAUGACGUAUUAGGUCACCACAAGACAAGGCUGUUCAUAUCCCACAUGGGACACAAUGGAAUGUAUGAAGCUCUUUAUCAUGGCGUCCCUCUUGUUGCCUGUCCAUUGUUUGGCGAUCAGUUUAGCAACACAAACCUCGUUGUUCGUGCUGGAGUUGGGUCGAAGGUUAUAUUGAGAACCAUAUCUGAAGACGAACUGGAGAAAGUUAUAAGAAGCGUCUUGGACGAUUCACAAUUCAAGUCAAAAGCGUCUCAUUUGUCAAAUCUAAUGAGGGACCGACCGCGMACGCCCUUACAAGAGUCCGCUGAUUCAAUCGAAUACGUGCUUAGAAACGGAAACCUACGUCAUCUUCGUGUCCGAUCGUUCGAUCUACCAUGGUAUCAGUACUACCUUGUCGACGUCAUGCUUUUCAUUGCUGCCUUGGUUACAGCUGUUGUGUUUGUGUUGGCAUUUUUCUGUCGAUGCUGCUGCAAUUUGCUGUGCAGGAGGAGGCUUGGGAAACAGAAGGCAGAAUAGUUUGAUGAUGAUAAUGAUGAUAAACGAUCCUAAUUGCAAAUACUAAUAAAAAUUAAUUAUACUUUAAAUCUAAUACAUAUGAUAAAUUAGAAAAACCUUACAGUCAAAACAAGAAAAUUGUGAACACCUAAAAUAUGUCUGGAAUGUAAAACAUCGUGUCCUGACCAAUCACAUGCGACAGUUAAUUAGACAUGAAUUCAUUCUCGCAUGUGAUUGGUCAGAAAGUAUCGGUUUUCUUACUUUGACUGUAACUUAUUCAUAUAAACGAAAUAAAAUCAAUAAUAAUAAUAACAAUAAUAAUAAUAAUAGCAAUAAUCGUAAUAAUAAAAAGUUUCUAAUUUUAAAUGAUGAUACAAGAUAUACUAAUACUAAGACAUAGCGCAUACUAUCAAUUAAAAUAAAAUUAAACUAUGAAUAUUUAAAAAAUGAAACAUUAAAUAAGCGAAAAUAUUCAUAGGACUCUGAAAAUGACUUCCGCUCAGGUUGUGGAAACCUCAAACACCACCACCAACAGCCUUUCCUCAAGACUACACUCACCCGCCCGGACGAUCGCAUUUCACAAUGAAACUGAAUGAAAAAAAACACCUGGAUGGGUUUUAAACCAUUUACUCUUAACAUUCAUAUAACCAAAUAGUAUUUUUACACAAGUCAAUAUAAAUAACCCAGCGAGCUUAUUGGUCACAAUGCAAUCUUGAAUGCAAGGCUAACAUGGAAACACGAAAGAAAUGGCACAAAUUCUAUCGAGAAAAGUUAUUUUGCAUUUUAUUUCAUGCUAGCCUCGCAUCCACUAAAUUUUUGAAUAGAACAGUGAAGGCGCACGCAUGUUUGUUCAUGUGUGCCGCUUGCAGAGAUGAAAUAAAAUUUGGAACAAAAAUACAAAAACAAACUCGCGUCUUGGUAAAUAUUUCUC